AAUUUGGGUGAAAAGUUGUGGAGGAAUGGAAAGAAGCGCUUCGAGCAGUCUGUUCCUUGAGAGGAUGGAAGUCACAGAACUAUGAGAAUGGGUAUGAAGGAGCAUUGGUAAAAACUUUUGUCGAAGAAAUUAGGAGCGAGUUAUAUGGAACUUCUCAGCUAAUAAAAGAGUUGAUGGGAAUUGACGAACGUGUGGAACAAAUUACGAGCUGGAUAGAUGUUAAAUUUAAUGAUACAAGGAUUGUCGGAAUUUGGGGAAAUAUUGGCGUCGGUAAAACAACUCUUGCAAGGGUCCUGUACAACAAGCUUUCUAGUCAUUUCAAACAUCUUAGCUUUGUGGCAAAUAUUCGAGAAACAUCUUUGCACAAGGGUAUUGAAUGUCUGCAAAGGCAGCUCAUUGACGAUAUACUAAGGAGUCCAAACGACGUGUCUAUCGACAAAAUCAGUGUCAUCAAGUCUCAAUUUAUGAAUAAGAAAGUUCUUGUACUACUUGAUGAUAUAGAUGCCAUUACUGAUUUUAAUGCUUUGAUUGGAGACAUUAGUUGGGUUAAAGCAGGAAGUAUAGUCAUCGUCACAACGAGAAACAAGAAAUUUCUCGAUGAGGCUAAGGUGGACCAUAAGUACGAAGUCAAUAAGUUGACUCUGAAUGAAUCAUUGAUUUUAUUUAGUAGACAUGCAUUUCAAAAGGAUUAUCCUAUUAAAGGUUAUGAGAUUCUCUCUCAUAGUAUCGUAUCCAUAAUAGCUGGACUUCCCUUGGCUCUUAAAGUUAUAGGUUCUUGUUUAUAUGAACAGAGCAGAGGAGUAUGGAAUAAUAUAUCAAAGAAAUUAAUGGAAGUGCCUCAUCAGCAAGUACAAGAGAUGUUGAGGAUAUGUUAUGAAGAAUUAAAUGAUAUGGAGCAACAAAUUUUUUUGGAUAUAGCAUGUUUUCUUAUUGGAUCAUCUAAGCAAAGUCCUACUUAUAUGUGGGAUGCCUGUGGUUUUUUCCUGAGAAAUGGGAUUGAAGUAUUGAGUCGUAUGUCUUUAAUUGAGAUUGACGAAGAUGACAAGCUAAGGAUGCAUGAUCAACUAAGAGAUUUGGGACAGAAAAUUGUUCAUCUAGAAAAUCCAAAGGAACCACAAGAGCGUAGCAAAUUAUGGAAAUAUGAAGAAGCAGCGUAUGUGCUUGACAGCAACAAGGGCACUUGUAAGAUUGAGGCCCUUCGUUUUGACGAAUAUGGCUACAAAAGAAGCUACAAAGGUGAACAAUUUAAAGAACUAGCCCACUUGAGGUACCUUCAAGUGUGUGGUGGGAAUUUCGCUGGAGAUUUUCAAAUUUUACUUUCUCAAUUAAGAUGGCUUCAAUGGGAGCGUUGUCCCUCGAAUUUCGAAGCGGCCAAUUUUCAUCCAAAAAAGUUAGUCGUGCUCAAUCUAUCGUGGAGUGAGAUUUCAGAGGAUUGGGGAGGAUGGGAUCCACUGAAGAUGGCAACCCAGCUCAAAGUUCUCAACCUUACAGGUUGUCUUUCUUUAAGAAGCACUCCUGACUUGUCUGCUUUCGAAAGCUUGGAGAUUUUGAUUCUUGAAGAAUGUGAGAAUCUGGAAAUGAUUCAUCAUUCUAUCAUGCUCAUCAAGUCCCUUAUCUCUUUGAAUGUCAACGGUUGUAGGAGAUUGGAGGAACUACCGAUAAGAAUAGGUAGAAUGGAAUAAUUGAGGGAGCUUCUCAUAAAUGACACGGCUAUACGAGAGAUUCCAAUAUCAAAAGGUGAUUUGAUGAAGCUGAGAUUUUAUGUGCCUCAUGGUGUCCACAACUUGCUCAACUUCCUGAAUCCAUAGGCUCACUUAAGUUGUUAACUCAGCUAGACCUAUCUCAUUCAGAGAUUGAUAAAUUACCUGAAUCCCAUGGACUCCCUUGAGUCGUUAACUCAGUUGGACCUAUCUUAUUCAUAUGUUGAAGAAUUACCACACUCCAUGGGCUCUCUUGAGUUGUUAACUCAAUUGGACCUAUCUCAUU